AUGCAGUCCCCGGGCUCCUCCCUCUCCUCCGGCAGCAACCCCUUUGCCGGCCCGGACAUGGCUCUCAUCCGCGACCUCAACAUCGCCGAUCGCGUCCCGGUAACCCUCAGCCAGACCUCCGCGUCCUACUCUCCUUGGAAGCGGUACUUCUCUCUCGUUUUUCGCGAGUUCCUCCUUCACAGCCAUGUCGACGGCUCCGUGGACUCCAAGCUCAUGGUCAACGACGAGGAGUGGAUGAUCAUCGACGCCACCAUCAUUCGCUGGUUCUACCUCACCAUCUCCACCGACCUCUUCCACACGGUGGUGGCCGACGAGGACGACGCCCGCGCCGUCUGGCUCAAGCUCAACGGUCUCUUCACCGACAACAAGCUCCAGCGCAAGGUCCUCCUCCAUGGCGAGUUCUACGGGUGCCACCAGCUCGACUCCUCCAUCGACGACUACUGCAUGCGCCUCAAGAAGAUUGCGGACGAGCUUCGCGAUCUCGGCGAGCCCAUCGGCGACGAGCUCCUCAUCACCACCUUCACCGCCGGCCUGCACGAGGACUACGGCAACGCCGCCUCCAACCUCACCCUGCUCCCGGACCCCACCUUUCCCAAGGUCGUGGCGUACCUCAAGCUUGAGGAGCGUCGGGCUGCGGAUGGUGCGGUCCCGUGCGACGCACACCGCCCUCGUCACCGGCACCCGCGCCGGCCCUGCGCCCCCGCUGCUCGCCCUCCGCCGCCCGGCUUUCCUCACCCGCCGGCCUACCAGCCGGUGCCGCCUCCACCGCAGCCGGCCCCACCCGCCAACAACAACAAUCGCCGCCGUGGGGUCGUCGCGGCGGCCGCCAGCAGCAGCAGCAGCCUCAGGCGCAGCAACCGCCCACGGGCGGCGCUGCCCAACCCCUGGACCGGCGUCGUGCAUGCCUACACCAUGCCGGUCCCCCGCGCGCCUGCCCCCGGCGUCCUUGGCCCGCGGCCACCCUCCCACCAGGCGUACUUCGCCGCGCCGCAGCCGUACAUGCCGCCCUACGGAUGGGUAGGACAGCCGUCGCAGCCAGGCGGGCUGCCACCGCUGCCCCCGAUGCCGCCUGCGCCUUGGGAUCCGGCCCUCCUCGCCGCGCUGCACGCCGCUCCGACUCCGACCACCUACGCUGGCGGUGGCGACUGGCACAUGGACACGGGCGCCUCUGCUCAUAUGGCUGCCCACCCCGGUACUCUUCAUACCUCCCGCCCCGUCACCACUUCUACUCGCAUUACCGUCGGCAAUGGUACCCGCCGCCUCUUCCUCGCCGCCGGUACUCGCUUCGCCGUCCACCACGGACGGUCCUGGACGGUCCAGCCUUGGGCCGCCCCCUGGCUUUGGCGCUGCAUGCGCCUCGGGACGUGCUGCGACCCUCCCUGGUCGCGCCCCCUCGCCGCCCGGCUGCUCGCCGUCCGACUCCGACUCGGAGUUCGCCCCGUCGCCUGCUGCACCGCCCACGGCGUCGCCCGCCACCUCGGCCCCUGGCGCGGCCGCUGCCCCGCCUUCGGCGUCGCCCGCCUCUUCGGCCCCUGGUGUGGCCGGAGCCCCUGCCGCGACGGUUCCCACCGUCGCCCCUACGACGCGGUCUCGGACCGGUACCCACCGCCCGAGCCUGAGAUACUCUAG